AUGCAAAGGCAGUGGAAACCCGGAUGCAUCGCCGAUGCAUCGACACAGCACCUGCCGGAGCAACCAAGGGAGGGGAGCAACCCCCCCCCAAAGGAGGACCAUGAGAAGGAAGGGAAGGCUGCGGAUUUACUGCCAUCCGCCCCAGCUGCAAUUCAAGAGGGGGACCUCAUAGACCUGGACUGGGAGGAAGCAACGCCAGGUACAGAGGGAUGGGGCGAGGUCCAACCAGCUGCAGCCGGGAGGAAAAGAAAGGAUAGAGGAGACCUGGACUUCCUAACAGGAAACGAGGAAUUGAAGGCCAACGUCGGCCACGGCGCCCAGGCUCAGGACCUUUGCAUGCAGAGGAUGACUGAGCUGGGCGCCGGGCUGGCGGUGGUCACCGAGCCGUUCUGGAUCCCGGUUCGCAGUGCGAACUGGUUCGGAGGUCCAAACGGCUCGGUGGCCUUGGUGGCAAACUCUAGGUUGGGGGUCCCACCCUGUACAUUCAGGGAAUCAGGGCCCUCGUACGUGGCAGUCGACUGGGGGCCCGUCACUGUGGUGGGGAUAUAUCUUCCCCACCACAGGAACAGGGCCGGUCUCGGUCGUUCCACCACAAUUAAGGCGGUCCUGGAUAGGGUCGGGGAGCUGGUGCGAAGGUGUCAUCCCCGACCAGUCAUAGUUGCCGGGGACUUCAACGCCCACUCGGAAGGGUUGCAGUUCCCGGCAACGGGACCGCCGGGGGGACACCGUGAUUGGCUGGGCGGCGGGACUGGGCCUCAUUCUAAUGAAUGA